AAUCAUGACAUCAGAAAGAGGAGGAGUCGCGUGGCAUGGAGAGGUUAAAAGGAGUCAAAUGGCGGCAAAGUCAGGAGGGAGUUGGAGCGAGCUCCCAUUUAACAGAUUUCUUUCUUGGUGCCAAUUCAAAGUUUCGUUAUGGAGUACAACUUUUUCUGUCAGGUAUGCUGUUCCAAGUUUACAACAGUAACACUUUUCAAGAAGCAUUUGUUUUCCUUUGAACAUAAAAAGGAAAUGGGAGCCUUGUUUCAACAAACUCCAUUUCAGAGCUCUGGGACUCUGCCCUGCAUUGCUUUCGUGGAUCCAAAUCUCAAACACAAAAUGACGAAACCAGUUGUGGGCCUGUCCAUGCUGACUCUGUGUUUUAGUACUCUAAGACACAGCUCUUUUUACCUGUGCCACAUUUGUGAGAAAGUCUGUUCACUUAAUAAGAUUUUGGAUCACAUUUUUUCUGACAAACAUUACAGUAACUAUUCGAGCAACACAAACCCAGAUGAUCAGAAUCUUUCCUGGAUCCCCAACAUGGAUAUGAAAGAGUUUCUUUUUCCAAAGCUCAAACAAGCGGAUACUACAUCAGUGCUGCAGAUUUUGGACCUACCCAAAGAACUCUUUGAAAAACUCUUAUUUAAACCAUAUUCUGAAGUGAUGGCCACUUUAAGUGAGAACUUGAAGCUUUACAACAUGUUAAAAGAUUUCCAGCCAAGAAGAACAGAUAUUCUUGCGAACCAAAAUGACGGCAACAGGAAGCAGCCACUUGUCGAGAGUCAGACUGCCAGUGCCAAAUCUCCAUCAUUAAAAAAUGUCAAAUGCAAACUUCGCUGCCAGACCUGCAGCGAUGUUUUUCUUAUGAAACAGUUUCUUGGCCACCUGUCAAACGGGAAACAUAUGAAGAUGCUGACUAAAUAUUUUGGUAAAGCUCAAAGAGGAUUUGGUUUUUGCCAAAAAGCGAAAGUGUACCUGGCCCUUUUCACCUAUGUCUGUGAUCGCUUGAAGCGAAAUCAGCCAACUGUUGGAACAUCUUUGGUGGUGACCUGCAUCUGCUCACAGGUCGAGGCCGAACCGUUUUCACUGUGCUUUGCUUGUCAGGAGUCUUUCCUUCAGUCCCAUCUAAGCAUCCACUUUGAAUCCAAAAGGCACCUCAUCAACACACUGCUGUACCUGAAUCCUUGGCGGCUGCCUUUUGGCUGGCAGGACAGCCUGGACGAAAGCCCACUGAGGUUGAUGGCAAGAGAGGAGGAAGGAGAAGGCACAGAUGUUAUUUUGAAGGUUUUUGAUCUGUCAUAUGAAAUGUUUUGUAAGCUCAUACCUACAGACUACAGACACGUGAUGAACAGACUUCAAGUGUAUCACAUGCCUUUAAAGUGUGAAGUUCCAAAAAAGCAAACCUUUAGCAAACUCCAACAAAAUGAGAAGUUUCCUCUGCUUGGCAUGCAGUUUUUGGUAGUUUACAAUGCCUUGUCCAGUGACUGGGAGUCUGUUCAAAAGAACCCUCUGUGUUUGCUCUGUAAAAGGAAACUGACGCAGAAUGAAUAUCCAGUUCACGUGUUCAGCUGGGAACACGUGAUGCUCUUUCUGAAUGCCUUUCACCCCGGCUCACUGAACUCCAGUACUGUUGAUGCAGAAACAUUGUUGGAUUUGGCGAAACAGGCAGGCUCUGUUCACCACCUAUCCUGUGUCCAGGAAAUUUGUCUGGAUAGGCCCAUCAUUGAGCCGUGUUCCUAUCAAAAAGCGACUCAGAUCUUGGCCUCUGCAAAGAGGAAGGAAGGAAAAGGAAGUCUUGAACCACUGAUCAGUGCAAGGAUGAAGCUGGUUCCCAGGAAUACUCAAAAAGUCUUUGACCAGAGCACUGUGAGAAACGACAAGGACACUGUCGAGCCUGGAGCGGUCCAGAUUAAGAAGGAGAAAGUUGAAGGCAACAAAGAACAACUGGAAACAGAUCCACAGAUGUCCAUCAAAAUGUGCCCAAAGACGGAGAAAGCAGACAACCAGACGGUGAAGGUGAAAACAGAAGUACCUUCCACUGACGAGCCGAGUAAAGAGGGUGGAGAAAGCCACAAGAGUUCAGACGGAAAUGACGGAGGCCAGAUCAAAACAGAAGAGAGCCAAAGGAACAAACGGCUGAGCAAUACUGAAGAGAAAAAAAGAAAAAGUCAGUUUUCAGGCCCAUCUCAAGGAGAAAACCGUCAUGAAGAUUUGCGAGGAGAAACAAGCUCUAAAAGACCAAGACUCACCACAAACAUUGAUGGCGAAGUGUCCACAGUUAUGCCUGAAUGUGAACUCAAAAAGGAGAAAACCAUAGAUGGUGAUUUAAAUAAAGUGUCAAGCAAACUUGUAGAGUGCCGUUGUGGUACACACAAACCCAUCUACCUCUGUGGGCGCUGCCAGCUCAGGGUUUCAGAAAGGGACAUCUUCAACCACAUGAAUGGAUUUGACCACCAGGAGAUGGUCCAGGAGGUUUUUUAUACGGAUGAAAAAAUUUUUGGUGACCUCUCAAAACAAAGCUUCCAGUCAGCAUUGGAGACGCUGCUCGGCCUUGGUUUGGACUAUAGUAACCCACCCAUAACUUCAGAUCCACUCUGUAUUGAAGGCUCACCUUAUCCUCAGACCUCGACACAAAACAAUGUUGUUAUAGAAAUUGACAGUGCAGAAGACUGUGAUGAAGCCACAGUCUCUAUGGGGACACAAACCAUCUCCAGAACUAAUGAAGCCCAAAUGGAAUGUGGUGAAGAUGCAUCAGAUCUAAACACACACUCAAGUGCAAGCACAGUUUCUGUGUUUACAAGAAGUAACAGCCCGAUCAAUGGUUCUCAAACCACAACCACUGAACCUGACAGGGCUUCAUCUAAACCGAAAAUGACUCCAACCAAAUUACCACCAGCUUCUUCUGCAGCAGCCAUCUCCAAAACUUCUUCCAAAUUUGCGACUGCAACUAGCCCCCUGGAAAGAAGUGCGUCUGCCUCCAAGGGAGGAGCAUUUCCAUUAAAAGUUGCACAUUCUCCUCAUGCAGAUUCCUCAGGGAGGGAAGUAACAUGCAAAAAAAGCUCUCCUUCCAACACUGCAGUCAAACAAUCAGUUAUGGAUCAAAACAAGGUGUCCUCUAAAAUACCAGCCACGUCAGAAAAGCACAGGAAACCGGACCCUUGUGUUAGAACUGCACACAGGACAAAAUCUGUUGAGGAAAAUGCAGACAGUGUACCAAAUGCUGAUGAGAGGAGCCACCCAAACUCAGGGUUGUCUGCCAGAUCUAGACAUAAGAACCUUCACAAAGAGCCAUUGACUUUAUCUCCAAGUAAGACCAGUGCAAGUGGGAACCAAGUAAAAGUUGGCACAAAUCACCUGAUUGUUGUGUCAUGGGACGGAAAGCAGCAGGUCUACUGUAUGCUUUGUUCGGUAAAACUGAACUUGUCUGGUUCUCACCAUUUGGUCAGCAUUAACCACCAGUAUAACUAUGUGAAAAGAAAGUACCCUGAAUGGACGGCAAAGCAUUCAGAGUUGGAGAGUAAGUUGAACCAUACAGUGGCUCUCUUGGCAAAAAUCGAGAGGGACUUGCCCCACUCUCGGAGUGUUCAGAAGCUGAAAGUGACAGAGGAAGUAUACCAAGAUUUAGGUUGUCUUCCAGAUAACAAAGCUGUAGAGAAGGUGAAGGCUAUGGUGAGGAAAAAAGACCCUGCAGACGCCGCGUCCUCUUCAGUCUGCAACGCAGACGAAGUUUCAGAUCCCUGUGAAGUUUCAAGCUCAGACGAUGUGCAAGCUCCACAGAGCGAGACAACAGGAGCUUCUGAUCAUGACGCCCCAGAUCUUAACAGUGGAAGUCUGCAUCAGUUAGAAGACGACCAGAUAGCAGGAAAAACUGUUGAUAGAGAAAUCGAGUUCCAGGCAGGUAUAUUCAGCAGAUGCCAGAGUUCAGAUGAGAUUCAUUCAAAUGUGAUUUUAAAUCAAAGUGAUCCAGAGACCAUCCCAUCACCUGUUCAAGCUGAAGACGCAACAGAAACCUCCCAGCUGGCAGAGUUGGAGCAGGAUGCAGAAGUUUUGCCUCAAAUUGCACCCACUCCUACUGUUAGGAGCUAUGGUCUGUUUGUUGAAGCUCCAAAAGUAAAUAUACAUGAAACAAAGAAAUUAACAGUAGACCAAGUUUUCACACCAAAGCUCCAACCUGUCAAAGAACAGAGGCAGCAGGAACAAGGACCCUUUGCGGGAGCUACAGGAAAAGAAGCAUUGUCCAAAAGUCUUUUCGUUGGGGGAAAAGCUUGUACAUCUAGUAAUCUGCCAUCUUAUUUGAAAGCGGGUUUGCAUAACUCUGCUGCGGUCAUUGGCAAGAGUUGCAUAUGGGAGUGUCAGGGAAUUGGCCUAAGGACCCUCUUCCUGUGCGAUUGCUGUAAGGAGAAGGUCCCCCUCCGUGACAUCUGCCACCACAUGAUCAGCCCUGAUCACCAGCUCAGAUACUUGGAGAGAGAAUACCCAGAGUAUCUGCAGAAGUUCUGGUUUGAUGAGGAGCUGCUGCCGAAAAUGAAGCUGGAUAUUUUAAAAGCGGUUGUUCUGAAACUGUCAAAUCAGGAGCACGAGCAAAGGGUGGAUGCACAGUGUGUGUGCCUGGUUCCGGAGCUGCAUAAAUUCAUUUGCAACGCUUCAUUUAGUGAAGCCCUAAAAAUAGUACAAAAUAAGGAGGAGGUGAAUCGAGGAUUCAUCCAGCUUCCCAUCAGUGUUGCUGAGCAGGAAAAAGCUGCACUAAAAACUAAAGCCUCUUAUUUUGGAAAGACGAAAAUGUCUCAAGAUGCAAAAGCAAUUGAAGACGGAGGAUUCUCGAGUCUGUCCUCUUCCACUCCAGCUGUGUUCAAGAUGCCCAACAUUUCUUCUGCCAAGGUUGGAGGGAUGGAGGUAGACUGUUCUCCCUUAAACUUGGAUCCCGUUGUCCACAAUGAUGGCUCACCUCACGUCCCUCAGAAGCUCUCUGGUGGGCCGCACCCCAAACCAACACCAGCUGAGUCUCGUCUUAAAAUGUUCGACUCUCUCAAUGUCAAAGAGGAAGAAGGAUUUUUGACAUCAGCGUCCUCUCCCGUUGCUCCCACAGUCAGUCAGAGCCGUGAUGAGUCUGUCAGAGAUAAAAACUCUUCAAGCAGAAAAAGGCCAGCUGAUACAUCUGUGAACACAUUGCUCACUACUUUCAGCCAACAUGAGGACUCUAUGCAAGCUGCAGCUGAGCUAAAGCCAAUGAAGGCAAAGGCUGAGGCCUGCUCUCCACCAGCUUCCAAAGCUAUCUUUGCUCAUUCUGCUCCAGGUCUUACUUCAGAUUCUCCAAAAGAUAAAAAUCUCAGUGUUUCACCUAAAUCCCCUAAAAGGAACCUCGAAGUUCUUGAGAAGCUAAUAUCUGUAUUGAAAAAAAGCAGUUCUAAAACGGUGACAGACGGUCAGUCUGCAAACUCUAUCUCUCAGGAGCCAAAACAUGAACCGGUACCAGACUCUAAACCAGAGCAAAGACGAGCUCAUACUUUAGUGGACCGGUUACUAAAAGAUCCUUCUGAUGACUUGGAUUGUAACAACCAUCCUGAUGCUAAUUAUGAAAACAAUUCUUCAUCCGUCGGCAACACGCUUACUCUACCCGUACAAGACGGGUGCAGCGUGAGCCAGCCCCCCUCAGAUUCCACCACUAAUCUUAAUCCAGGUCAGAUUCCAGAGUCCUCUGGUAAACCAGACAUCAAAAGCACUGCUGGCUGUCAUUCGCUAAUCAAGACCAUCAUAACAGCACGGCAAAAGGCAGCUCAUCCCGUGUAUCAGAAACUGUGUCGUGGUAAAGCCAGCAGAGACCAUCAAAGCAGUGUCCACACAGAGGUCCACUGUGGCGCUGUGGCGGCUCCUCAGAGCCACGCGGCCCAAAGCCAGAUCACUAAUGUCACUGAUGAAUCUUCGUUAACUUUCCAGACUGCUGCAAGUCAUGCAGCAGCAAAUAACCAGCAGAAAAGGGGUGAAAGCCUAUCUCACCCGCUGUCUUCUGUAAACCCAGCAAAUACAGCAGAGCUGGUUAACCGCCCGCUUCUUUUGUCCACGGCGCAGAGUUUCUCCACUUUAGCGUUUUCAGAAGGUGACGUUAAGGAGCAACUGCAGCUGCAAAGUCCCAAAGUCCUUCAACAGCAGCAGGUCAAUCUGCAGCAGCAUCAAUUGCAACAGAGCCUUCAGCAGUAUCAACAGAUGUCUCAGCACCAGAUUAUGCAGCAAUAUCAGCAGCAGCUUCUGCAGAAACGGGUGUCUCAGCAGUACACUUUUCAGCAAUAUCAGCAUCUCGUGCCUCAGCAGCAGAUUUCUCAGCAAUAUCAGCAGCACAUGCAGCAGCAGGAAAAACAAUUUCAGUUGCAGCAACAGAUGCAGCAGCAGCAAGUACCUCAGCAGCAGAUUUCUCAGCAAUAUCAGCAGCACAUGCAACAGCAGGAAGAACAAUUUCAGCUGCAGCAGCAGCAAGUACCUCAGCAGCAACUGCUUCUGCAGUAUUUGUUUCAGCAGCAGCAAAGCUGUUUAUGGACAGGCUCAUGGCAGAGCGGACAGUAACCGUUACUCUUUUAAGUGAAUUUAUUGAUCUGUUGUAUUUUCUACAGCCAGGCUAAUAUUUUGUAUGCCUGUUUUUUUAUGAAGACAAAAACCCUUUAAACUUUAUUUUCUAUAAAAGGAAACAUUUUGAUUUAGUUUUAAAUGCACAUUGUUUACUUUACAGAUAUCUGAAUAGUAAUAAUAAUGCAUAGAGAUGCAUUGUUUAAAGAUAUUUUUGUAUUCCUGUUAUUGCUUAACAGCUUUAUUCCCUUUCGUGUGAAGCAGUAGUUAUUUGACUUUUUUUGUUGUUUUUAAAAAGUUUUGCUGAAUUGUUAUAAAUGCAGUAAUAAAAAGUAAAAUGUACUUGAUUUUGUUUUUGUACAAAACAACCCAUGUUGACACGGUUGACAAUCCUUUACGGCAUUUAUCUUAAGUCUGUUUCCUUCACGUUCAAAACCCUCAAGAAUAAAAUGGUUUUUGAUUUAAGAA